AUAGCUAAUAAAAAUGGGUUUUUAUACGUUGUAUUUUAUUUUCUGUCGCAGUUGCUGGCUGUCUACCGAGGACAGCCUGAUCUGGAGCUUUGUGGGGCCAGUCUGUGCCAUUGUAGCUAUGAACAUCGUCACGUUGAUCCUGGCAAUGCAGGUGAUGUUGAAGUCAACCAAGACAGACAUGGAGUACCAGUUCAGCAUUGUUAGGACUGGUCUGAAGCUCGGCGUGAUCCUGCUUCCGUUGCUAGGGACGACGAUGGCGUUCGGCCUCCUCGCCGUGAACCGCAACAUCAACACGUUCCACUAUCUGUUUGCGAUCUUCACGCUCUUCCAGGGAUUGUCCAUCCUCAUCUUCCACUGCCUCUUCAACAAGCGGGUACGAGUGGAGCUGAGCAGACAAUGGGCGCGCUGCCGCGGUCAGGAGGAGGAGUUUGAUGACGUAUCUCCCACGGGAAGCAGAGCGCAGCAGAGGUCAGCACUCGCGUACCACAACCACGCGCUCGACGGUCUGCAGCGAAUCAACAUCGGCGUCUCGACGACGUCAACGACGAGUCACUCGACGGGAAAGACAGAGAGCCUCACGCGGCUGUACCGGCCCGACGGUGGCGCCACCUUCGGGCGCAGCACGAGCACCAGCACGUCCGGUCAGCUGCCGAGCGUUGCUGAGCGUCGCGAGCGGCCUCCAGGGGGCGCCGGCGGCGGAGGCGCGCUCGUCUACCAGAACAACAACGUGUCGGCUUUCCACAAUGCGGACACAGGUGAGGUGUGUCACCCCAAGCAGCAGCGCAAUCGUCACCACGCCGUGCCCGAGUCUGACAGCGAACUCUCCGACGCUGACCUGGAACUCGCCUCCUCCCACUCGUCCGACGAGGAGGAGGAGGAGGAGGGGGAGGGGGUCGUCGAGGAGAAGCCAAAGAACGACUGGAAGAACAUCCCGACGAAGCCGGGCGUGGCGGCGGGGUCAGGCGAGGUCGGCCCGGGCCAGCUCGCGCGGAUGUACGGUGGCCCCACCUACAGUCCUGCUCACAGCACGCCGAACACGGGUCUCACGUACCCGCGGACGGCGUCGAUGGGGGUGAGGGCGGGAGAGGGCGGCGUCCCACCCGUCCCCUCUUACCGGCAGCCACUGCAGCUAGGCUCCUCCUUCCCGCGCGCGACAAAGCCGCCGCGAUUCUGGGAGCCAGAUGGCGCCUCUCGCGUGCAUUCACCGAGCAACUUGGCGGGGUCGCGGUCGAGUGCCGACGGGAAGGUGCGCACGCCCAUCAGUGACAUAGACAUUGAGGACUACUUGCACAAAUACCCGGACCGGACAUACGAGGCGGGCAACUCGACGGUGGCGCCACCACGUGGCGGCAGCAACUACCCGGACCGGACAUACGGAGCAGGCGACCCGACGGUGGCGCCACCACGCGGCGGCAGCAACUACCCGGACCGGACAUACGGAGCGGGCAACCCGACGGUGGCGCCACCACGUGGCGGCAGCAAGUAUCUUCCGCCGCUGAUGGCGACGACACGAUCGCGCUUGCCGCUCAACGCACUGCCGCAGAACGGAGCGCCUGACUCUGACUCUGAAGGAAGCAACGAGACGCCCGUAUGACGGCGGCCGUAGCGUGCCAGCGCCCCCUGGUGGCUUCCGGUCAGCAGUGCGACGCGGCCCGGUAGUGGACGGCGUCCCCCCGGCAUGUCCGGCAAAAAAACGACACCGUUGUCUUGUGAAAUCUCGGCCGGACGUGACCCCAGCCAGUCAGCGGAUGAACUCGCGUGGCCCCCCGGCGCCCCCUAGUGGCCU